CAAUGAUUAGAACUAUAAAACCGAAGAACGCUCGUUCCAAAAGAGCUCUCGCUAAGAAAGAAGCUAAGCUUGUAGAGAACACGAAGUCUGCCUUGUUUGUACCAGGCUCGACCGGAAACAAAUUCUUGCAUGAUGCAAUGUGUGAUUUGAUGGCCUUGAAAAAGCCUGAUGCAAAGAAGUUCUCCAAGAAGAACGAAAUCAGACCAUUUGAAGAUGCUGCUGAGUUGGAAUUCUUUGCUGAAAAAAAUGAUACUUCGCUCAUGGUAUUCUCGACUCACAACAAAAAGAGACCAAACACCUUAAUAUUUACCCGUUUCUUCAACCACAAAGUAUACGAUAUGAUUGAGUUGUCGAUCCAGAACAACCCCAAGUUGUUACAAGACUUCAAGAAGUUGACCUUCACUAUUGGCUUGAAGCCCAUGUUCGUGUUUAAUGGCCCAGCCUUUGACAACCACCCUGUAUUCAUGCAUUUGAAGUCUUUGUUCUUGGAUUUCUACAGAGGAGAAGAAACUGAUUUGCAAGAUGUAGCUGGCUUGCAACAUAUCAUUGCCUUGUCAGUGGGCGAAAUCGAAGACCUCAACGAAACCAAAAACUUACCAUUAUUGCAUUUCAGAGUGUACAAAUUGAAGACUUAUAAAUCUGGCCAGAAGGUGCCUCGUGUUGAGGUUGACGAGAUAGGUCCAAGAUUCGACUUCAAGAUUGGCAGAAGACAGACUCCUGCUCCAGAAGUUGAGAAGGAAUCUCUCAUGAAACCUAAGCAACUCGUAGCCAAGGAAAAGAAGAACGUUUCCACUGACUUCAUGGGUGAUAAGGUGGCACAAAUCCACGUCGGUAAGCAAGACUUGGGCAAGUUGCAGACCAGAAAGAUGAAGGGAUUGAAGUCUAAGUAUGACCAGGACAGUGAUUUCGAUAACGAAAGUGAAGAUUUCGCUGAAGGUGUCGAAAGUGACAUCGAAUAUGAUGCUCCUCAGCCAAAGAAGCAAAAGGUGUAGAUUUAGUUUCAUCAUUGUAUAUUAAGAAUAGCAUAUAGACAUUGACAUUG